CGCCAUUAAAGCAGGAAAGAAGAAGAAGAAGGUGUAAACUUGAGAGGAAAAGAAGCAGGAAGGAAGAAGAAGCCCCAAAGGUGUAAAAGUACACCUGGCUUGUGUGGAAGGUGUAAAAGUACACCUGGCAGGUGUGGGAGGGAAAAACAACUUUGUCUUCAUCUUCACGUCGACUCUUUGCUGCCUGGCCUGUGACGAACUUUUACGACAAUGUUCCUGCACAUUGCGGGGCUGGUGGCCCUGUGGCUUAUGUACAGAUGGUUGAUGGAGUCCAAACGAGUGUCAAACAAGGGAGACCUUCAUGUCUACAUCACCGGCUGUGACUCUGGCUUUGGUCAGGUCCUGGCCAAGCACCUGGACAAGCUGGGCUUCCGUGUCAUUGCAGGUUGUUACACAGAGAAAGGUGAAGAUGACCUGAAGAAGGUGUCCUCUGACAGACUGACAACGCUACACGUGGACGUCAGCAACUCGGCCAGUGUCGGAGAAGCCGCAGCUCUCAUAAAGACUCUGGUGGGACAGAAAGGACUCUGGGCUGUGGUCAACAAUGCGGGCGUGUCCGUGCCAUCAGGUCCUACAGAGUGGCUCACUAUUGAUCACUACAAAGGCAUGCUGGCCGUCAAUCUGCUGGGCGUGAUCGACGUCACCCUGAGCGUGCUCCCCCUCGUCAAGAAGGCCCGAGGCAGAGUGGUCAACGUGGCCAGCGUGUUCGGACGUAUCUGUCCAUUCGGCGGCCCGUACUGCGUGUCCAAGUACGGCGUGGAGGCCUUCAACGACAGCCUGCGUUUGAACAUGGCGCCCUUUGGAGUCAAGGUGGCGUGCAUCGAGCCUGGCUUCUUCAAAACCAAGGUCAGCGACGUGGAGCUGGUGAACAACAACCUGAAGAAGCUGUGGGCCAGGCUGCCUCAGGACGUCAAGGAAGACUAUGGACAAGAGUUUUUGGAAAAGUCGUUGAAAACCACGUACAAAAGUUUUACGAUGCUGACAGACGGCGAUCUGAUGAAGGUGGUGGGCUGCAUGGAGCACGCCAUCGCUGCCAUGCACCCUCGCACUCGCUACUCGCCCGGAUGGGACGCCAAGUUCUUUUGGCUGCCGAUGUCCUACAUGCCGUCCUUCAUGGCAGACAGGUUCUUCAUUAAGUUCACCCCCAAGCCUAAAGCCUCUCUGUUGUAAUUGUGUUCAAAAUGUCAUCCAUCUUGUCUCAUAAUGAUAACUUAGUAGUUUGAAAUACAUCUGUGUCCAAAUUCGCUCUGACCAAACAGCUGACUUUUAUUAAGUGGGACUUUAGUGUUGCUGCUUAAGGGUUUAAUCUUCAACUCGCUUUUCUUCUUCAUGGACUUUGACUCCGUGAGGAAGAAGAGUGAAAGGUCUCACAACUACCACACUCCACAGCAUUUAUAAUUGACACAUUCUUUUUGUGUUAAUAUCAUCAGUUCAGAACACAGUAUGUCAAUGUGUACAUUUAGUUUCUCCUCUCCAGGAAUUAAAGUCCCUUUUUCAGGU